UAGGCAACGGAAAUUUGUGCAAAUACACCCUUUACAUCUAACAAUCCGAAUCCCUCAAUCCCUGGUCUCUCUCUCUCUCCUAUUUCUGUUUUCUUUGCAAAGCAAAGGAAAACAAGAACAAGGAGCGGAAAUCCAAAAGAAAAUGUCGGAACCCCUCUUCAUUUCACACACUGUUGCUGCUUCUCUCAAGCACAAACUUCAACUUCCAAAACCCAGAAACUGUAUAAUAAACCCAUGGAUGAAUUGCAGUUCAGUUCGACUCACAACUACUGCCACUAAAUGUUGUGGCAAAGUCAAUAAUAGAUGGUCCCUUAAUGGCAUGAAUGCUCUUGUCACUGGUGGCACUCGAGGCAUUGGGCAUGCAAUUGUGGAGGAAUUGUGUGGAUUAGGAGCUACUGUGCAUACGUGUGCACGGAAUGAAGAUGAGCUUGGGACAUGUUUGAGGAGCUGGAAAGAUGAGGGCUUUGCAGUGUCUGGCUCCUUAUGUGAUGUGUCUUCUCAAGUUGAUCGCCAGAAGUUAAUGGAAGUUGUUUCUUCUACAUUCGACGGGAGGCUCAAUAUUCUUAUAAACAACGUGGGGACCAAUAUUCGCAAAGCUAUGGUGGAUUUUACAGCUGAAGAGUUUUCCACUCUCAUGGGAACAAAUUUUGAAUCUGUCUUCCAUCUGUCUCAGUUGGCUUAUCCCCUUCUGAAAGAAUCUGGAGCUGGAAGUGUUGUAUUCACUUCUUCUGUCUCGGGUUUUGUCUCAUUGAAAUCUAUGUCUGUACAAGGAGCAACAAAAGGAGCAAUUAAUCAACUUACAAAAUAUUUGGCAUGUGAGUGGGCUAAAGACAACAUCAGGAGUAAUGCUGUUGCCCCUUGGUACAUCAAAACAUCCAUGGUGGAACAAGUGCUGAGUAACAAAGAGUAUUUGCAAGAAGUAUAUGACCGGACUCCACUUGGGCGCCUGGGAGAGCCAUCCGAGGUUUCAUCUCUUGUGGGAUUCCUUUGUCUUCCUGCAUCUUCGUACAUCACUGGCCAGAUAAUCUGUGUUGAUGGUGGAAUGUCUGUAAAUGGCUUUUACCCUCACCAUGGCUGAGGAAUAGAGCCUCUAGGUGCCAUAUAUUGGGCUUGCUUGCAUCUCUUCAAACUUGCUAGUGUAGGAUAUGCAACAUUUCUGCAGCUUUCCUGUGCAACAGGUUUCUGAAAUGGAACCAUCUCAUCUGCCUUGUUGAGCCCUUUCUUUUGUGUUUUGAUUAUGUUGGGAACUCUCUUCCUUAUGAUGAUCACUCAUGGUGCCGUCUUCUCUGGCUUGAUAUCUUCAUCCAUUAGCUAGACUAAGUCUUUUCCAGCAUAAUGCUCCAUGUUAAAAUACCAGUCUGCAGUUAGUUCGGCUAAAAUGCAUUUGAGUUGAGUCAUCAAAUGCGCACACAACAUCAACAACCCCCCUCUAUCCAAAGGGGCGGAAGAAGGGGGUUCGUGGUGUGUAGGGUUUCCAAGAGUGUGUGUAGUAUGUUAAACAUUCUUGAGUUGAAAGAACUGAACUUCCAAGUUAUGAAGCAAUGUUUCAAUGUAAAGGUACAUAUAGCAAUGGAGCUCAAAUAGGUCUUACAAGUUA